AUGAACCGCCGCGAGAAGCAUCGCCACGAAAUUGCUCUUCUAGUCUCUACAGGUACUUAACUUGAACAAAUUUUAAUAUCUAGAAGUUUUAAGGAGUUUAUCACACGUAUGAUCAAUGGACUCGAGCCCUCAUUCCGUUUGCGCAGUGGAAUUUGGAACCACGAAUUGGAAUGGACAAUUUCGUUUGGCUCAAUGCCGUUUCUACAACUUUCACCCUUCUCGGAACGUUUUUUGUUGCUCGAAUGGUAGAAAUUAGUUCGAAAUUCACGGAAUGAUCUCUAAAUUUCAGAUUGAAGUCCUCGGGCUCCGCUCGAGCGCGAUGAUCUCCUCGGCUAUCGUAAUCCUUUACCAAUUUCUCGUUUGCCAGUUCACCAACCUCCACAUCUACGUAAUUUUGCAAGCUCUUCUGAUUUUUAACAAUAUGCAAAUGAUCAUCGACGCCGCCAUUCUCAACUUGGAAAGCGAAGAUGGAGAUUACAAGAAACGAACUCGACUGAUCACGCGGAUCAUGAUUCCGAUGAGCAUUGGCUUCGCCGCUGGACCCUACUGUGCUCUUCAGAUGAUCUUCUUCAUCACCCCUUCAUUGGAGCUUUCUCAGGCGGUGUGUGCGAUUCUUUCCGCGUUCACUUUGCUUCCAGUCAUUUGGAACUUCUACCCGGAUAACCCGAAACCAAGUUAGUCACACCCGAAGACAUAUAAAACUUAAUUACUCCAGAUCUUUCCCUGGUGCCCGACUUCUCCGGUUAUUUGGAGGUUCUGAAGAGUGACAAUGUGCGACUGUACGCCCUUCUCCUUAUGAUGGUCACUGGCCCCUAUUCCGCCUACGACUCUCUUAUCCGCAAUUCGAUGGCUUCUAGUGCGAUUCGUGACCCUCAGAACAUGCACAAUCUCUUUCUCCUCCUCGGACUUACCACCGUCUUUGUCAACGGAAUUCUUUUGCCACGUCUUCAAAAAGAGUUCUCCAGUCAAAUGCUGCUCUCCGGCUCUUUCUCGUUGCUCGCCGUCAGCUACGUAUAUCUCGCCGUGUUUCAUGAUCUGAUCCAUUUGUUUAUCGGAAUGCCCAUUCAGGUAAGAAAGAGUCAAAGACCGCGGGAGGGACGGUCCGGUUUCUUUUAUUUGUUCGCUCAAUCGACACUAUUUUGCGCCUAUUGUUGUUGCAGGUGGCUGCGGCGACUAUCUGCAUCGGCGAACUCUCCUCCCAACUGAUGGGUGCCAUCGGAAAACGAAAGGCAGGAACUGCGGCCUCUGUGCUCCGAAUGAGUCAGUUGGCCGCUACUUUGCUCGUGCCUUUUGUUCACGGAACUCUGACCGCCCACUACGACGUCGUCUCGCUCUGCCUUCUGAGCGCCGUUCUGUCGGCUGGAGCGGUUGGGCUCGUUCGAAAGUACGGCAGUUCGAUGGUGCUCAGUUCGGAGUACUUGCCAGGGUUCUCCUCUAAAUUUGAAUAA